AUGUUCAACCCUUUGGUAUUCCUGUUGACGAUGUGCGUCACAGUGGCGUCUGCAAAGACAGUGACUUACAACUUCGACAUCGGUUGGGUUACGGCAGCACCAGAUGGCUAUUCCAGACAGGUCAUCGGUAUCAAUGGCCAGUGGCCUGUACCCAUGAUUGAAGCCGACGUAGGCGACACAGUGGUUGUGAAUGCCAAAAAUUCACUUGGCAAUCAAGCCACUUCGCUCCAUUUUCAUGGCAUGUUCCAACAAGGAACCAACGGAGUUGAUGGCGCCGUGUCCAUUACGCAGUGCCCCAUCCAACCCGGAGACUCUUACACAUAUACCUUCGUCGCCAACCCGGCAGGAACUCACUGGUAUCACUCGCACAACAAGGGUCAAUAUCCUGAUGGUCUCCGUGGAAAAAUGGUCAUUCAUGACAAAGCGUGGGAGUCAAGUCUGCAGAUCGACUCGCAAAUGACCUACAGCAUUUCUGACUGGUACCACCGACAGAUGCCCGAUAUCAUCAAGGACUACCUCAGCCCGAGUAACACGAAUGGCGAUCUUCCAUCCCCAGAUUCGAUCUUGUUCGACGACAAGAAACAGGGCCCCAACAUCCAGAUCGCUGCUGGAAAGCGAUACCUACUCAGGAUUGUCAAUAUUGGUGGCUUGGCAUGUGGUCAAUUCCAUAUAGAAGGCUACAAGCUCAAUGUAGUCGAAGUCGAUGGUGUGCAAGUCCAGUCCACACAGGCAGACACUAUCGUCAUCUGCGCCGGCCAGAGUUACGGCGUUGUCGUAGAAGGAAAGGUUGCAACAUUGGGCACUUCAGCGAACGCGCAAUAUAUCGUCAAGCUCACAACGGACAUGCUGACUGGCGCGAUUCCUCCGGUGAAUCAAAUCACAAUCAUUGGUAACAUCGUGCAGAGCCUUCUUGGCAGCCUGCUCAGCAUCAUCACCAAUCUCCUUACGCUCAGCUGGGUUCCAGCUGCCACCUUCGACGACUUCAAUUUGAAGCCGCUAGAUGGCCAGAAGCUUCUCUCGCCAGUUGAUAAUAAGAUCGAACUCUCGACGAACCAGACCUACUUCUCCAGCAUUGGCACCCGCACUGGUCUUGGUCCUCAGCCCUGGACGCCAGCGAAGGUUCCCUCACUGUUCACUGCAUUAUCGACCGGCAACGCAGCCCUGGAUCCCGCAACAUACGGCCCAGGUGUCAACCCGUGGGUUGUCAAGUUUGGCCAAGUCGUGCAAAUCCACUUGCAAAACACCCAUCCUUACCCCCACCCUAUGCAUCUCCACGGCCACGUCUUCCAGAUUGUUGCUCGAGGAACCGGAACUUGGGACGGCAACGAAGGCUCAAUGCCCGCAGUACCUGCGAAGCGCGAUGGUGCUGUUGUGCCAGCCAACGGCUACAUCGUCCUCCGUUUCCAGGCUAACAACCCUGGUGUCUGGUUCUUCCACUGCCAUAUCGACUUGCAUCUUGUUGGCGGUAUGGCUGCAACGAUCAUCGAGGCACCAGAUGUCCUUCAGAGUCAGCAGUCCAUUUCGUCAGCGGCACAGGGACUUUGUAAGAACAGCAACUCCCCAUCCAGCGGCAACUGCAAUGGCGACCCAGGUGAUAUAUCCGCAAGCGAUGCUGCCAGCAAGUGCAACAACGUGUACAACUACAAGGGGCCCGGGUCCGCUGUGGUCGGUUGA